AUGGUCUUUUGCCUUGAGCUCCUUGUCGCUGGCUCGGCCGUCUGUCCAGGCGGCUUGCAGGCGAGAGUGGACUGCGGCCGUGGCAAAGACCAAUUCGGGUUGAGUACGCGACAUCCGAGCCCAGAUUGCGCUUUAAUUAUUGCCAGUUGGACAGGAAUGGACACAGACCCCACUGCACGAGAACGCGAUGCUCUCCAUGACCAAAGGCUGAUACAUUCCUACAGCACACAAGGCGCCCGUGCCAUGAACCCUGUUCGAGAGUAUUGGAAAAUAGAAGCUUCGUCAUGUGCUGAGGCGAUGCAGUGGCCUGACUCGCACCCCGUCUCCCAUCCUGUAUCUAUUCUGGCCAGCUUGGUGGUGGAGGUCGAGGUGGAGGUGGAGGUGGAGGUCGAGGGACUGCAAGUAGCAGCAGGUAGCAAGUGCCAGGUCAUUGUCCACACCUCUCUUCGACUACAAAGUCUUUUUCGAGUACCUGGACUUGUCUGUUCCCACCCAGCCCCCGGCCUUGGUUGCCAUCAAGUAAUGAUGCCAUCGAUUUCCCGGUCACGUUUGCCUGAUGAUGCCAUCAGUCGUGGUACGGCGUGGGCCAGCAUGUUGCUCUCGACCAAACUUUUGGAGCGCAUGCUCGAGCAUCACGUCGACACAAUGUUGGCACUAGCCACGACACGGAUGCGAACUCUUGGUUUGGCGCCUAAGGCGAUAGGUUGGGCUGAGGAGGUGCCAACUGUCAAGUCUGAGUGCAUGGCCGCGGGCCUGCUUGUUCCAGAGGUCGAGGCUGGCACCGUUCGCAUGGUUGGAGCAGGGAUAGAGGCGGACUCUCCCGUGCGCCGUGCUACGAGUCCCGUGAUGCACCGGGAUGCAAAAGCCCUUGCCCGUCCUUUUUGA